UUCCACCUUUUCUUGGCAUCGCACCACGCACACAACCAAAACCCUUCUCUUCUCUCUCGACUCUCGACGACGCUGCGGCGGCGGUGGCGGCGAGGUGGGAAUGGACAUGCCGCCCACGCCCCUUCCGCCGGAGACCGCCAACACCUCGCCCGCUCCCAACGGCGCCACCGCCGGAAUCAGGGUUGAGAACUGCUACGUCUUCAAGAGCCGGCUGCAAGAGUAUGCGCAGAAAGCCGGCCUCCAGACUCCAGAGUAUCAUACCUUCAAGGAGGGACCUUCCCAUGAGCCUGUCUUCAAGUCCACAGUGGUGAUUAAUAACACCAGCUAUGACUCCCUGCCCGGAUUCUUCAACAGAAAGGCUGCAGAACAGUCUGCUGCUGAAGUUGCCCUCAUGGAAAUUGUCAAGUCCAUACCAGCCAACGCAAACAUCCCAGCUGUUCAAGAGACUGGGCUGUGCAAGAAUCUUCUUCAGGAGUAUGCACAGAAGAUGAAUUAUGCCAUUCCAUCUUAUAUUUGCACCAAAUCAGCCUCAGGCUUAGCUCCUUUCAUAUGCACUGUAGAGAUUGGUGGAAUACAAUAUAUUGGUGCUGCAGCCAGAACAAAGAAAGAUGCAGAGAUAAAAGCUGCUCGAACUGCUCUUCUGGCAAUUCAAGGUCAAUCAGAGGGUUCUGCAAAUGGUGCGACAAAAUAUAUUGUAGUUCCUGGUAAAAGGGUAGGUAAGGAGGUAGAGAAAAUGCCAAUUGAAACCCCCAAACCACUUAAAAUAAAGAAAGGUGGUUUCAAGAAGAAAUGGAACAAGAGGAAAUUCAUGAAGAAGGAUGGUCAAGCUGUUGUGGAAAAGGAUGAAGCUAGAGUGGCUGGAGAUGCUCACGAUUCUGACGUCCUAAUGCAGCCAACAGUAAUAACACAGGAGGCAUCUUGUGGCACUCUGUUCCUUCAACCUUGUGAGGAAGCUAAAAGAGUAGAAGCUGAGCCACCUAGAGAUAUUGAAAUGGUACAACCUGAUAAGGAGAACCAACACAGUGACGCUGCAUUGGUGCAACCUGAUGAUGAAGCUAGAGUAGAACAGGAGCCAUCCAGAGAUAUUUCAGUGGUGCCACCUAAUGAGGAAGCUAUAAGUGUUAAGCAGGAACCAUCCAUCGAUGCUGCAAUUCUGCAACCUAAAGAGGAAGCUUCAAGUGUAAAGCAGGAGCCAUUCAUCGAUACUGCAAUGCUGCAAGCUUGUAAGGAAGCUGGAAGUGUAGAACUUGGGCCAGCCAGAGAUACUGUAAUUUCUCAACUUAAUGAGCAAGAUAGGGGUGUAAAGCAGGAGCCAGCUGGUGACACUGCAGUGCCACAACCUGACGUGGACGCUAGGGUCGUAAAGGAGGAGUCACCAAGAACGGAACCUAAUGGGGAAGCUACGAACAUGAAGGAGACACCAAAGAACUCUGCAGUGUGUAAUUCUCCAGAGACAAAGGAAUUUGGAGAUAUUACAGCAAUGGGUUCAGAUCCUCCCGCAACUAAUAUGAGCGAAGAAUAAGCUGUGGUUGUUGAAUCAAAAUGCAAUAGCUUUAGUGUGUUCACCUGCAGAGGGCGAAGAAUAAGCUGCGGUUGUUGAAUCAAAAUGCAAUAGCCUUAGUGUGUUCACCUGCAGAGGUGUGAAACAUGAAUGGCUGGCUUUUCCAGUUUAAAAAGAGGCAGCUGGAAUAGGAAGAUGUAUGUGGGCUGAGAAUAGUUAGUUCAUAUUUGUCAUUGUUAGCUAGGCAUGUGUAUGCCUGAUGAUAUGAAUGAAAUGUAUUACCUGCUGCUUUAGUGAGCACUACUUUGAAAAGAAGGGGAAAAAAUGAAUUCGAGGUUUCUGAUCCCUGUUUCCUCUCGAACUGGUAAUCUGAUUGUUGGAUGGUUCUUAUUUGGAAAUCAACAUUUUCUUGUUAAGGA